UUAGUUUUUUAAACCAAUAAUCAGAGUAACCUUUUUUUAAACUAAUAAUCGGACUUUUUUGUUAGCGAAAGAAAUGGCUGCUAUUGCAACUAGAUGGUGCUUUUUUUACUAUUUUCUAGCUUUGAGGUAUGCUUCAACAUUGAUGUUUUUGGUGUCAACUGAUGAUAUUUCAAGACUUUUAUUAUUUAGCCAUGUAAACUUGUCAAUUAACAAAACCAUAACUGAUUCUUUUGAAAGUAAUUCAAGUAGUUCUUUAAACAAUGAAAUAGUGAUAACCUCAAAUAUUGGUACAACUAUAAACAAUGAAAUAACGAUAACCUCAAAUAUUGGUACAAUUAUGAUAACACCUUCAAACUUUGAUACAGUUUUGACCACACCAACUACAAGUUUAAACUUUAAUACAGUUUUGACUACACCAACUACAAGUUUAAACUUUGAUACAGUAUUGACAACACCAACUACAAGUUUAAACUUUGAUACAGUUUUGACCACACCAACUACAAGUUUGACCACACCAACUACAAGUUUAACUUCAAGUACAAGUUUAUAUGCAGCUUUUACAAGUGAAACCAUUUUUUCUUCUCCCAGUACGCAAAUUGAUUUUCAACCCAGUAAACAAUUUAGUUAUUUUACGUUUUCAAAGUCUUCCAUCAUUUUAUCUACUUUUUCUUCAAAUUUAUUUUUGAGCAAUAAUACAUUGUCCACAAAUGGCUUUUUAACAACUGGUUUAAUAUUACCACUUAAAACGUAUACUUUUGCGUUUUCCUCAGAUAUUUAUGUUGAUACACCUCGUGCAAGUAUGGAAUCAAGUGUUUCUAUUGUUUCCAUUCCUGACUACGCAGUGUUGAUAAUAAAUUUAAAAAUGAAAAUUUUGACAAAUUUUACUGCCGGACUCAGUGAUAAAAAUAGCAUUGAAUAUGAAACAAUGAAAGAUCUAAUCAUUAAAGAACUUUCUAAAUCGCAACAAAGUAAUUCUGCUUUUAUUAACGCAACAGUUAUUGGAUUUACAAUGGGAAGCGUUUUAGUACAAGCACAGUUCUGUUUCGACAAAAGGAAUUUAGAUCCCAGUGUAGAAAUAAUAAAGAUAGUUCAAGUGAACCUGAUUAGGUAUUUUGAUCAACACUAUGACCAAAUAGGAAGUUAUAAUUUGGAUAUUUACAGUUUCGAAUUAAAUCAAGUAACUUCUCCAUCACCGACUUCAAGUUCAUCCAGCUUUCCAGCCUGGUUAAUCAUUCUCAUAAUUGCUCUUAUAAUUAACAUUCCCUUAGUGCUUGUAAUAAUAUUGCUUACGUGGAAUUUAAAAAAAAAACGGAGAGUUGGUAGCAUUAAUUCAACAUCAAGCAACGAACAUAGAGCUAGCGGUAAACAUUCAACAAUCGAACUUCAAAACUUGCAAUUUGCGAGCAAUGUUGUUGAAAACAUGUAUAGAAAUGAAAAGGGUUUAAAUGGAACUCAAUCUAAUCAAUUAUUUUACGGAGAAUUAAGAGAUGAGGCAAUUGACGAAAAUCAAGAAAACAACGAAUUCAAAAUACCCACAUAUUGUAAAUAACUAUAUCUAAUUUCAGUAACUAUGACAUAUAUAAUAUAUAUAGAGGUAACCUAUUGUACUAACAGACCCAGACGGAAGUUUGAAAACGUAUAAAUUUGUAAAAUAUAAAUGCGCGAAAUAUAAAUUACACGAAGCUUUAAAAAUCAUAGCUCGUUUAAUUAUAAAUAAGUUUAUAAAAUUUACUUAUAAACUAUAUUACAUCUGUUACUCUUUAGUCUGUUCAUUCCUCAGAUAUUUAUAGUUUUUAUAAAAUGUAGAUUUGUAAAAGUAAAUUAUACAUUCUACUUUUUUUUUUUAAAUGUACAUUAUAAACGAAUCAUGAGAAAAGGGGUUCAGUCAUGAUAAAGUUUUAAAAUUAACUUAAAGAGAAAUGAGCUAUUGCUAAAUAAAAAAUUAAUCAUAAAACUCAUGUAUCAAAAAAUUUAAUAAAAAAACAAACAAAUAGUUAACAAUUAAGAGUAAAACUUUUUAUUCAGUAUGACGUAAUGUUACACAACAAACUUUAUCAACUCAUAACGUAAGUGUGAAACUCGAAUUUUGAAACUCAAAUUGUAUAAAACUGCUUAUUUCAAAAUUUAUAACUUAUAGACUGAUCCCAUUUUUACAAGAAUCGAUUCAAGCUUACAUAUUAUUUUUUUUAAACAGUAUAAACGUAGAUUAAUAGUUUUUUUUUAAAUGUACAUCUUAAAUCCAUUCCUUAAUUCUUUGAUAUCUUAUUUUUAGUGAAAUCUUAUAUAACGGAAUUAAAAAACAAACUUUUACAUAAUAAUUGUCGAGAGAUUUUUGUUGUGUAAAUAUUUAAAAAAUAUAAAAGAAUAGUUGACCACUGGUAA